AUGAAUACACCAUACGACAACACACAGGAGAACCAGUCGCCCGCCACCAGCCAAAGGACCUUCGUCGACCAUGAGGUAGUCCUCACCUCGAAUUGUGAGCCACUACCCGGCACAGGGGCUGCUGAAGGCAGCAGGUCCUUUGCGGCACAAGACGAGGACGCAUCCUCGUCGAUAGUGGAUGACGAUGGCAACGACACGGAGUUAGAUCGCCGUCGUUCUAUUGUGCAGGAGCUAGCUCGAGAAUACACGCGUCACUCUGCAGUCAACGUCGACGGGGGCCACACAGCCCUUUUCGGUAGCGAUGACCCCGACUCGCCUCUCAAUCCCAACGGGAAAAAGUUCAGCGCACACACGUGGGCACAGACAAUCGCAAAUGUCACCAAUGAGCACGGCUCAGGAUACCGAACUGCCGGUUUCUGUUACCAAAACCUGAACGUCUUCGGAUACGGCCAGGAGACGGACUAUCAAAAAGACGUUGGCAAUGUGUGGCUCGAGCUCCCCGGCCUCACUCGCAAGCUCAUCUCGAAGGAGGGAUCAGAGCGCCGCAUUGACAUUCUUCGAGACUUCAAUGGCGUUGUUGAGGCAGGAGAGAUGCUCGUCGUCUUGGGCCCUCCAGGGUCUGGCUGCUCUACCUUCCUCAAGACCAUUGCUGGUGAGAUGAACGGUAUCUAUACCGAUGAGCGCGCCUACUUCAACUACCAGGGCAUCUCUGCGAAGGAGCUGCAUGACCACCAUGCAGGCGAUGCCAUCUACACUGCUGAAGUCGAUGUUCACUAUCCUCAGCUGUCCGUGGGAGACACCCUGACAUUUGCUUCCCGAGCACGCUGUCCCCGGAAUCUACCCCCUGGAGUGACGGCCGACCAGUACUGCGAUCAUCUCCGUGACGUCGUAAUGGCUAUGUACGGAAUCAGCCACACGGUGAAUACGCGAGUUGGUGACAACUACGUUCGUGGUGUGUCAGGGGGAGAACGUAAGCGAGUAACUAUUGCAGAGGCUACGCUAUCCAACGCCCCUUUGCAGUGCUGGGAUAACUCUACCAGAGGACUGGACUCUGCCAAUGCCGUCGAGUUCUGUAAAACUCUUCGCUUACAGUCAAAUUUGUUUCGUCAGACCUGCGCCGUGUCUAUUUAUCAAGCACCUCAGUCCGCAUACGAUCUGUUUGAUAAGGUUCUUAUCCUUUAUGAAGGACGACAGAUCUUCUUUGGGCGUACAACUGAGGCCAGACAGUACUUCAUCAAUCUGGGAUUUGAGUGCCCGGCACGUCAAACAACCCCAGACUUCUUGACCUCUAUGACAGCGCCGAAUGAACGCGUGGUGCGCCCCGGAUGGGAAGGCCGCGUGCCCAGAACCGCCGACGAGUUUGCUGCAUGCUGGGAGGCUAGCAAGGAAGCCCAGGCCCUGAAGCAGCAAAUCGAACAGUACAAGGCCGAUCACCCGCUCGGUGGCACCGAUGCUGAGGUCUUUCGAAACCAGAAGCAGUCGGUUCAGGCCAAAAGCCAGCGCCUCAAAUCUCCAUUUAUUCUCUCAUAUUGGCAACAAGUCAAAUUGUGUCUUUGGCGUGGCUUCAAACUUUUGCGAGGAGAUCCUAGCCUGACGGUGUUUUCGUUGUUGACGAACACUUCUACAGCUCUCAUCAUGUCGUCGCUGUUUUAUAACCUCCCGGCAACAACCUCGUCCUUCUACGGUCGGUCUGCGGUCCUUUUCGUUGCUAUUCUGGCCAAUGCCUUCUCCAGCGCUCUCGAAAUCCUCACGCAAUAUGCCCAACGACCAAUUGUUGAGAAACAACGGCGGUACGCUUUUUACCACGCUUCAGCUGAGGCACUCUCAUCUGUUCUGAUGGACAUGCCAUACAAAAUCACGAACACCAUCUUCUACGACCUGAUCAUCUACUUCAUGACCAACUUGAAUAGACAGCCUGGGAACUUCUUUUUCUUCCUUUUGACCACCUUCCUGAUGGUGAUGUCAAUGUCAGGUCUCUUCAGGUCGAUUGCCUCGCUAUCACGCACCUUGUCUCAGGCCAUGGUCCCAGCAUCGAUAUUGAUCCUCGCCCUUGUAAUCUUUACUGGCUUCGUCAUCCCUGUCGACUAUAUGCUUGGCUGGUGCAGAUGGAUCAACUAUCUGGAUCCUGUCGCAUAUGGAUUUGAGUCGCUUAUGAUCAACGAGUUCCACAACCGUGACUUCGAGUGCGAUGCCUUUGUACCAAGCCCGGCUAUAGAUGGCUAUGAAAAUGUCACACUCGCCAAUAGAGUUUGUUCUACGGUGGGCGCUGUUGCUGGCCGUUCCGCCGUCAAUGGGGACGCGUACAUCAACUCCCAGUACAAGUACUUCAACUCUCAUAAGUGGCGCAAUAUCGGCAUUCUAAUUGGCUUCGUUGUCGCUCUUCAUAUACUAUACCUCUUGGCUACCGAGUACAUCGCUGCCAAAAAGUCAAAGGGCGAGGUUCUCGUCUUCCGUCGUGGCGUGACCACCCCCACUAAGACGAAGAGCGACGUCGAAGCCUCCGUUUCCGGUCCCGUCACUAUUGUCGAGAAGAGCGACGCUUCAUCUGCCGACGUGGGUGCGAUUCAGGCCUCCACCAGCGUCUUCCACUGGAGCAAUGUCUGCUACGAUGUCAAGAUCAAGACCGAGACAAGAAGAAUCCUCGACCACGUGGACGGCUGGGUGAAGCCCGGAACUCUCACGGCACUAAUGGGCGUCUCUGGAGCCGGAAAAACGACCCUGCUCGACUGCCUUGCGGACCGUGUCUCUACAGGAGUUAUUACUGGAGAGAUGUUGGUUGAUGGUAAAAUCCGCGAUAUGUCGUUUCAGCGUAAGACAGGCUACGUUCAACAGCAAGAUCUUCACCUUGAAACAAGCACCGUUCGCGAGGCAUUGGAGUUUAGUGCAUUACUCCGCCAGCCCGAAAGCACCCCUAGGGCCGAAAAGAUCGCAUAUGUUGACGAAGUUAUUAAGCUUUUAGACAUGCAAGACUAUGCUGACGCUGUGGUGGGCAUACUUGGUGAGGGUUUGAAUGUUGAACAACGGAAACGACUCUCGAUUGGCGUUGAACUGGCUGCGAAACCUCCCCUACUUCUUUUCGUCGAUGAACCGACUUCCGGCUUGGAUUCUCAAACUUCAUGGGCGAUUCUGAAUCUGCUUGAAAAGCUCUCCAAGGCCGGCCAGUCGAUUCUGUGUACUAUUCACCAACCGUCAGCCAUGUUAUUUCAGCGUUUCGACCGUUUGUUGUUUCUGGCAAAGGGUGGCAGAACUGUUUACUUUGGCGACAUUGGCGAAAACUCCCAUACUCUCACAUCUUAUUUUGAACGGAACGGAGCCCCGAAGUGUCCUCCCGGCGAGAAUCCCGCCGAGUGGAUGUUAUCUGCCAUUGGUGCAGCACCCGGCACAUCGUCCGAGGUUGACUGGCCCCAGGCGUGGAGAUCGAGCCCCGAGUUCCAAGCUGUUCAAGACGAGCUCCAACGGCUGAAAUCCGAGGGUUCAAGCCACGAUCACUCUUCCGACGAAGAUGCCAAUGCUUCAUACCGCGAAUUCGCCUCUCCCCUAUGGAAACAGUUCUUGAUCGUCACCCACCGCGUCUUUCAACAAUAUUGGCGGACGCCCUCAUAUAUCUACUCCAAGUUUAUUCUUUGCUGCUCCGUUGCACUUUUUAUCGGCCUGGUUUUCCUCAAUGCGCCCUUGACUAUACAAGGCUUACAAAACCAAAUGUUUGCCAUCUUUCAGAUUCUAUCCAUUUUCGGUCAAUUAGUACAACAACAAAUGCCGCACUUUGUUAUACAGCGCUCGCUUUAUGAGGUCCGCGAACGUCCUUCUAAAACGUACAGCUGGAAGGUGUUUAUGCUCUCGCAAAUCGUUACCGAAAUACCCUGGAACACACUCAUGUCGGUCUUCAUGUUCAUCUGUGUAUACUAUCCCGUUGGUUUCGACAGCAACGGUGACCCGAGCCAGAAGCAUGAGCGAGGCAUCUUGAUGUGGCUCCUGUUCUGGCAGUUUCUCAUAUUCACCUGCACCUUCGCCAACGCCUGCAUCGCCAUCACAGACACUGCUGAAAUGGGCGGCAACCUCGCUAAUGUCCUUUUUCUGAUGUGUCUGUUGUUCUGCGGCGUGCUAGCCAGCCCCGACGCAAUGCCUGGCUUCUGGAUUUUCAUGUACAGGGUGUCGCCAUUCACAUACCUGAUGUCAUCCAUCUUAUCCACAGGUCUGGCCAACACCGAUGUGACGUGCUCUUCAAAUGAGUAUGUCCAUUUCAACCCGCCAGACAGCCAGACUUGCAAGGACUUCAUGGCCGGCUAUAUUGGCCAGAUGGGAGGCUACCUCGAGAACCCCGAGGCCACGAGCGACUGCUCCUUCUGUUCUGUUGCUAAUACAAAUACCUUCCUCGCGUCCAUCAGCUCCAACUUCGACAACCGAUGGCGCGACUUCGGUAUUGGAAUGGUGUACAUCGUCGUCAAUAUUGCCGGCGCUCUGUUCCUCUACUGGCUGGUUCGCAUGCCCAAGGGCAAGAAGAAGGCUUGA